AUGUCGUACUCUAUUAACCCUAAACCUGAGCCCUUAGGCUCCUGGUCUGCCAAUGUUCUCAACACGAAAAAGACCACCUCUUCUAAACAAAAAAGCCCUAAGCCGCUGCUUCCCUUUGGUCUUCGUUUUGCUGAAAGCUCCAUUGCAGCGGUCACACCGGCGAACCUUGCCGUCAACGGAAGUGACGCCGAUUCUGCUGCUCUUCCCCUUCGCCUUGACUCUGCUGUCAAAAAAGAUGUCGCUCAAACCACCCCCUCUGCUCCGAACCUUGACUAUAAGGGUAAGCCUUCGGCAUGCGUAUUUGUGGCGAGUCUUCUCGCUUCCAAGUCUGACGUAGAGUUGUGCAAAUCUGUCACUGAUCACUUUGAGGGGUACGGCAAGAUCGCCAACGUCAAGGUGUUGAGAGACUACAACAGCAGGCCCUAUGCUUUCGUUCAGUACACCAACGAUGAUGAUAGUAAGCUCGCUAUCAAGUGUAGCAACAACUCGUUGCUUGAUGGUCGCUACAUCCGGUGUGAGCCUGCCAAGGUGAAUCGAACCUUGUUCAUUACGAGCUAUGAGGCAGUCGUCAAGGGCGAAGUGGCCCAGGUGGUCAAAAAGUUUGGAGAAACCGAACUUGUCGUUGCUAGCAACGGGUAUGGCCAGAUCAAGUCGGGCCAAGCUGACGACGACGCGUGUCGCUUCUGGUUCGUCAAGUUCUGUUACCGUGACGACGCCAUCAGGGCGUUUGCCAGCUUGACUGACAACUCGCAGUUCAAUGUGGAGUGGGCCAAGAAUGUCGAGGAUCAGUCGACUCAUGGCAGGUUCGAUAAGUACACCAUUUUCAUCGGUCAGUUGAGCAGAAUCGUCACCGAGGCCGACGUCGAGGCCCACUUCUCCAAGCGUGGUAAGGUCAGAACAACCUCUGUGGUGCACAAACCAACAACCUCCUACGCAUUUGUGACAUUUGAGGACGAAGCUUCAGCUGCCAGUGCCGUUGCCAAGGACAAUCAUACCAUGUUCAUGGAGAAGAACAUCAAUGUUCAGUACCGUGAGCUCAGCAGCUACCCCAAAAUGAUCUUGUCUUCGGAUAUGCCGGUCGUUUUGGCACCUCCGCCGGUACAUAGUAAGUUCAAGACGGCUGCUAGAGCCAAGCACAAUGAGUCCUACCCAGGUUUCAAUAACAAGGGUGAUAUCGUCAACCCCAGAGGAAAUCUGGCUUUUAGAUCCAGAAGAACGCCUCUGUUUGAUCGGCACAGGAGAGAGUGGGAUCACGGUGCAGAUAGCAAGGGUUCCUGGCCCAGGUCUCGCUACGGUACGGGUGCUUCUGAAGAUGAUGAGAACUACGGGCAAGGCAACAAGUACUACCUCCUAGCAUACGAGGAAUGA